AUGCACAGAACUGACCACACCAUACCUCCACAGGAAGCUUUGGAGAAGGGGAGAUACCUCUGGGCUCCUCGCAAGGAAAGGAGCGACAAGAUGGACGAACGUGUCAUGGGUUUGGCGAGGAGGUUCUGGCACUCUGACGAUAUUUCUCGUGCGUCGGGAGACUCCGGGGAGGAGUAUCACCCCCGUAGGCAGCUCAUGGUUGCGGGGGACCAAGUAUGGCGCAAAUUCCUGAAGUGGCCGGAGUACUUGGGGCUUAAGGCGGAGCUGCUGAGGGAAGACAGCAGCUUCGCGGACCCUGGGCGGACGCUGUUCCUCUCGACGCGGUGUGGGUGUUUAGAUUUGACGGGCAUCUCUGGGAGUUCCAAGCUGUACCAGUUCAUGGGAGCGGAGGUCCAGGAGGAGGAGAGCUCGGGCGUAGGCGUAGAGGUGCAGACAGAGAACGGGGUUCCCCUCGAAGGUGGCGAGAAAGAGGUUGUAGCUAACCCGCAGAGAUGGCAGGCGGACGAAUCAACCGUUCUGACGCUUCCGGCUGUCACGAAGCGAUACAAGCUACGCGUUCGCCAGGCGUCGUGCUACUGCUCGAAGUGUAGUGUUGGAGCUUACGACGACUGCGUCCCGGCCAAGAAGUACGCGGGGACGGUGGCUACUGUAUGGUGAAAGCUGUGUCGGGCAAGCACAAGGUUACUCGGGCGUCUUGUGGUGUAGGGAAUUGAGGGGUGUCCGUGGUGCACGUCAUGUUCUCGUGUUUGGCGCCUUGUUCUCUUCCAUGUUCUUUUGUUUUUUUGGGUA